AUUCUCUCUGUUCCGCAGGCUCUGGAUUUCUGUCACAGCAUGGGGGUGAUGCACCGGGACGUGAAGCCUCACAACGUCAUGAUCGACCACGAGCACAGGAAGCUGCGGUUGAUCGACUGGGGGCUGGCCGAGUUCUACCACCCGGGGCAGGAGUACAACGUGCGCGUGGCCUCGCGCUACUUCAAGGGCCCUGAGCUGCUCGUGGACUACCAGAUGUAUGACUACAGCCUGGACAUGUGGAGCCUGGGCUGCAUGCUGGCCAGCAUGAUCUUCCGCAAGGAGCCCUUCUUCCACGGCCACGACAACUACGACCAGCUGGUGCGCAUCGCCAAGGUGCUGGGCACGGAGGAUCUGUACGACUACAUCGACAAGUACAACAUCGAGCUGGACCCCCGCUUCAACGACAUCCUGGGCAGACACUCCCGCAAGCGGUGGGAGCGCUUUGUGCACAGCGAGAACCAGCACCUGGUGAGCCCCGAGGCGCUGGAUUUCCUGGACAAGCUGCUGCGCUACGACCACCAGAGCCGCCUGACGGCCCGUGACGCCAUGGACCACCCCUACUUCUACCCCAUUGCCAAGGACCCGGCCCGGAUGGCAGCCCCGGCCGGGCUCUCGGCCGGCACGCCCCCCGUCAGCUCCUCCAGUAUGUUGGCAGGGAUCAGCUCCGUGCCCGCCCAGCCCCUCUCCGGCCUGGCUGCCUCGCCCGUCCUGGCCUCCCCCAGCGCCCUGGGGUCACCGGUGCCCGCGGCUGCCAGCGUCCAGCCCUGAGCACAGCGAGCAGCCCUGAGCACAGGGAUUGGUUCCAGAGCCAACAGGAUCCAGCCCUGAGCACAGGGAGUGGCUCUGGAGCCAUGGGAUCCAGCCCUGAGCACAGGGAUUGGCUCUGGAGCCAACAGGAUCCAGCCCUGAGCACAGGGAUUGGCUCUGGAGCCAACAGGAUCCAGCCCUGAGCACAGCGAGCAGCUCCGGAGCCUUGGGAUCAACCUUGAGCACAGGGAUUGGUUCCAGAGCUGUGGGAUCCAGCCCUGAGCACAGGGAUUGGUUCCAGAGCUGUGGGAUCCAGCCCUGAGCACAGGGAUCGGAUCUGGAACUGUGGGAUCCGCCCUGAGCACAGGGAGCAGUCCCAGAGCCAACAGGAUCCAGCCCUAAUCCAGCUCAUCUGCCUCUGGAGCUGCCGGCAUCCAACCUUGACCUGCCUCGUCUGGCUCUGGAGCCACCGGGAUCCAGCCCUGAGCCAGCCCUUCAGUUCUGGAGCCACCAGGAUCAGCCCUGAUCCAGCUCUGGAGCCUCCAGGAUCCAGUCCUGAUCCAGCUCUGGAGCCUCCAGGAUCCAGCCCUGAUCCAGCUCUGGAGCCACCGGGAUCCAGCCCUGAGCCAGCUCCUCCCAGCUCUGGAGCCACCAGGAUCCAGCCCUGAUCCAGCUCUGGAGCCACCGGGAUCCAGCCCUGAGC